UAAUAAUCAACAAGUUUAAAAGAAGUAAACAACUUAUUCCGUCUUAUUUAUUUGAAAAACAAACAAAGAAGAUAAAAAAGAAGUUUAAUAAAAAAAAAAAUGAAUAGAUUUGCAGCAAUUUUGUUAAUUCUUGGAUCAUUGGCUGUUCUUGUAACAUCCAAAAUAGGAAAUCUUGACAUUUCGCCUAAAGGUGAUGGUAGCAAAGGAUCUUCAAGAGUUUCAGAGAAUGACAAUUUAAACUCAGAACAAGAAUGUCCAGCAGGUAUGCAUUUCACCGACAAACCUCAUCUUUGUGAAUUCACAUGCACAGACAAAGGAGUCAACAUUUCAUGCAAAAGCUUAGAUCAACCUGGAUGCGUCUGUCCAUUUGAAAAAUACUACAACACUGAAACUAAGGCUUGCUCAUAUGUUGAUUGUAAGAACCUUGACUGUGUCGGACGUCAAAAUGAAGCAUUUUAUCAUUGUGAAAGUGGAAGCAGAGAGUCAUGUUUAUGCUCAAAUUUCAUCACACUUGAUUGUAGAACUGGUUGUCAGUGUAAAAAUGGAUUCUGCAGGGAAGGUGACAAAUGUGUCGCACGUAAAUGCAAGGGAUCUCCAUUCUCAUAAGGAGGUGCUGUUUUAUUUUAAAAAAAUGUCGCAACUUGUGGAACUAAGUUCAAUAAGUACUUAAACUCGAGUGAUAAAAAAUUUGUGUUGACAUGUGGGCGAUGAAAAGGCAACAGCAUGUUGAAUUUCUCCGUCCAUAUAUCUGUUUUGUGACUCGUGUUGAUGUGGUGUUGCCUUGACGUUAUCAUAAGUCAUUAGGCAGUCUUCCGAACGGAGAAAUACAGCAAGAGGCGCCUUUAAGUAACCACCAUGUCAUUAUAAGCUAUUGUCGCUCGGGAAAAGAUUGAAAAUUUGAAAUAAAAUGAAAUUUCUCACAAAUUUCUUAUAAAUUAA